AUGGCUUCGCAGUAUUCGCCCUACUGCGUCCCAUUGAACCCCAAUCACCUGCGCAAAAGUCGAAAAAUUCGAGUUGUGUGCAUCGGUGCAGGUUUCGCCGGAAUCACCCUUGGAUACAAGAUUGCACAUGAAAUGAAGCUUGAAGAUGGAUCCUUGAACAUCUUGACUAACAGCGGCCAGAGCCAUCCAGGAGGAACGUGGGCGGCAAACCACUACCCAGGGCUCAUGUGUGACGUUCCGAUCCAUGUUUACACUCUGCCCUUCAAUCCGAAACAUGACUGGAAGAACUUCCUAGCCACCGGGCCAGAGAUUCUCGAGUACAUCUUGGAAACAACCAAAAAGUUCGACUUGGAAAGACUCAUGAAAUUCAACACGCGGGUGGUUGACGCCGCCUUUGACGAAGCAAUUGGCAAAUGGAACCUGACGGUUGAAUCGGAAGGCGCGAUUUGGCAUGACCAAUGCGAUGUUCUAAUCGGCGCCUCUGGGACUCAAAGGCAAGCUAGUCACAUGCCCAAUAUCCCGGGGCUCAACGGUUUCAAAGGCAAACUCGUCCACACGGGAGAUUGGGAUGAUUCAUUGGAUUGGAAGGGCAAGAAAGUCGGUGUCAUCGGCAAUGGUUCAUCUGGGAUUCAGGUAUUCCGCGCAAUGCAACCGGAAGCCGCUUCUAUCACGCACUACAUUCGCAAACCUACCUGGAUUUCCAUGAGCUAUGCUCACCAGUUCACACCUGAAGGCAGGAACUUCGCAUACUCCUCAGAGCAGCUAGAGUCCUUCAAGACUCCUGAAAACCUGUUCAAGUACAGGAAAAUGAUCGAGAGCUUCAACAACGGUCUAUUCAUGCGAUUAGUCUUCAAUGAUACGAGCAAAGGGGCGAAACAGGCAUUCCGGGCCGAGCUAGAGCGGUGGAUGAGCGACCGCCUGCACGGAGACCCGGAGUUGGUCAACCGUCUGAAGCCUUCCUACCAACCUUGGUGCCGCCGGCUCACGCCCGAAGACAAAUACCUGGAAGCCCUACAGGCUCCCAAUGCAGAGUUGGUCGACUCAAGAAUAGAGGCUAUCACCGACAAUGGUAUCCGUAACUGCGACGGCUCAUUUCGUCCAUUCGACAUAAUCGUCCUCGCCACAGGAUUUGUCAACAAUCGCAUUCCACCCUGGACCAUGCAGGGUCGGGGUGGAAUUACCCUCGCAGAAAGAUGGAAGGAUAAUGUGGAUGGCUACAUCAGCGUAUGUGCUCCUGACAUGCCGAACUAUUUCAGCAUCGGAUGUGGACCCAAUUUCCCUAUUGCGAAUGGACCUGUCUUGUCUGCCAUGGGCUUCGUUUCCAAUUACAUUUUAAAAUGGGCACUCAAGAUCGCGUCAGAGGACAUCAAGUCCGUGUGUGUCAAGAAUGAACGCGUCGAGGCAUAUAAUAUCUACCUACAGGAAAUCCUCAGGCGCACGGCUUGGAACGAGGACUGUGACUCGUGGUACAAAAAGGGCAAAAUUGACGAAUACCGCACCGGCAUCACGGCCAUUUACCCUGGCAGCAUGAACCACUUCAGGGAGAUGCUGAGCGAGCUGCGUGGCGAGGACUUUGAUUUCGUCUACAACACCAACAACCCGUUCAAUUUCGUCGGAAAUGGUUUGACAAAGGUGGAUUUGGAUGAAAACGGGGAUCUGGCAUCAUAUUUGGCUGAUACGGUCAAGUUUGACCACUUUAUCCCAUGA